CGCCCAGGGCAUUUGGUGAGGGAAGCGCGGCACUCGGGAGCGCAUCAUCGGGAUUGAAGCAGCGGCUUUCGGACGCAUCAUGCGCAGACACUUCAAAUCCUCCCCAGGACCAGCCGCUCGACAAAAUGUAUCGUUUUAGACCACUCGGACUAAAGGAUCGUCGGGCUGACUCUUUUAGGUGUCUGGAAUUAUUUUUUAGUCUAACUCGGAGACGUUUAUUCUGAGAACUCAUACUGGAGAAGAGACUUGGAAGGCUUUAAAAUGCUGUCCGGAUGGGUCGAAGCCUCCUCAGAAAAGGUAAGCGGCACAAAAUGCUCCCUGUGAGGAAGGUCGUGGCUUACGGGAAUCGUCCAGCUGCGACGAGAGCGGAGGUCAUCUCCGAUGAGCCCUCCAUACUUGCUGCUCUGGCCCACACACUUUGAAAUCGUCCCUCCCUAAACUCAGAGUGACAAUGUGAUGAGCUCUGCUAUCAUUUCCAGCUUGAGCAUGGACGGAGGGAUGAGAGGGAGUCGCACGAGUUAAUGAGACUAUUGCUCUUGUGUUGGGGAGCUUAGGACAGGCAAUUACAGGAGGAUUACCCAGCGACUUCAACAUCGCAUACUCUCCACCAGGGCAAGCUUCUAAGAACUCCAGUGAGGUGGAUUUUAUUUGUUAUUAUUUUUCACCCUUUUUAAUUACGUGCACUGCUGUUGUCAAAAAGUUUGCAAGGUCUUACAAAAUGGAGGUACAGAUCCGAACGUGGAAUAAAGACCUGCCGACUUUGAUCAGCCCGUGGAUACCGAUACUUCUGGGUCUUCACAUGCAUUUCUCCUGGGCCACAACCUGUCCAGAGGAGUGCCGGUGUGACAGGACCUUUGUUUACUGCAACGAGAGGAGUCUAAUGUCAGUGCCUCUGGGGCUAGGAGAGGGUUAUAAGACCCUCUACCUGCACAACAAUCAAAUCAACAAUGCUGGAUUUCCCCUGGAAAUGCACAAUGUUGCCUCUGUGGAGACGGUGUAUCUCUAUGGCAACCAGCUUGACGAAUUCCCUGUCAAUCUUCCCAAAAACGUGCGGGUGCUCCACCUGCAGGAGAAUAACAUUCAGACUGUGUCCCGCGCCGCCCUCGCACAGCUGCUACGCCUGGAGGAGCUCUAUCUGGAUGACAACUCCAUCUCCACCGUGGGUGUGGAGGAGGGGGCCUUCAGGGAGGCCAUCAGUCUCAAGACCCUUUUCCUCACCAAGAACCACCUGAGCAGCGUCCCCAUCGGGCUCCCCGAAGAGCUGAGAGAGCUGCGGUUGGACGAGAACCGCAUUGCAAUCAUAGCCGAGGAUGCGUUCGAGAAUGUGACGGGCCUCGAACGCCUCCUCCUGGAUGGGAACCUGCUCACGGACGAGGGCAUCGCCCCCGAGGCCCUCCAAACCCUCGUAAAUCUCAAAACGCUAUCGAUGGCGCGCAACUCCCUCACGGUUCCUCCUCCUUAUCUGCCUGCCGAGUUUCUAGUCAAGCUCAACUUGCAGGAUAAUCAGAUGAAUGAGAUUCCUUUGACAGCCUUUCAUGGCCUUCAUCGCUUGGAGAGACUGGAUAUUUCAAACAACCAGCUGCAGUCUCUCACACAGGGGGUCUUUGACGGCCUCCGCAGCCUGAGACAGCUCACUGUUCGAAACAACCUUUGGCUCUGUGACUGCAACAUUAAAUGGGUCAUACUGUGGUUAAAGUCCCUGCCAGCUACCCUCAAUGUCCGUGGCUUCAUGUGCCAGAAACCAGAGAGGGUACGUGGCAUGGUAAUCAGAGAACUAACCCUGGAGCUCAUCCAGUGUCCUAACAGCACCGCCACAGUCCCACAGCCCACACUGCUCUCUGCCUCCACCGCUGAGUCAGCCUCUCAAACGGCCUUCACACCCGCACGCUCCUGGCCUACACCCACCCCUUCGCCUCUCACACUUCUCCCUCCGAAUGCAGGCGAAGACAGGGAACAGAGGACGAACGACCCGGUCGGCCCGAGGCAGGAGUCGCUGCGCGUUUCCUUUGCGGUGCUGAACAGUUCAUGCAUUCAGGUAAGCUGGGUAUCGACAUUCGCCGUCACAGCCUUUAAGGUGACUUGGGUCAAGCUGGGUCACAGUUUGAUAACAGGCCCCAUGCUGGAGUCACUUGUGGAGGGCGAACGUGAGGGAAUCGCUCUGGCAAACCUGGAGCCCAAGUCCACCUAUCGUAUUUGCGUAGAUCCGCUGGACGCGUUCAACAGUUACCACCCAGGAGAUGAUACGAUUUGCUCGGAGGUGAUGACAAAGUCCGCUUCCUUUGACUCCGGGGAUAACGCCACUGGCCCCGAGCAGGCGACCCAGCAGGACCCCAGCUCGCCUUUCCUACUGGCUGGCCUGAUUGGCGGGGCGGUGCUUGUGGUUCUGGUGGUCCUGUUGAGCAUUUUCUGCUGGCACAUGCACAAGAAGGAAAGGUCAGAUUCGUCAAAAUGGAAAUACAGUCGGGGCAGAAGAAAAGACGACUACUGUGAAGCAGGGACUAAAAAGGAUAACUCUAUUCUGGAAAUGACUGAGACUAGCUUUCAGAUAGUUUCUUUGAAUAAUGAACAGCUGCUCAAGGGGGACUUUCGCAUUCAACCGAUUUACACCCCUAAUGGAGGUGUUGGAUACACAGACUCUCAAAGGAGAAACAAUAGCACAGCGUACUGCAAAAACAGUGUUCCAGAAUCUGAUACAUGCCAUAAAUGAGGAUUUUAAACAGAUAACGUCCUUUGUAUUUAGAGCUGACUCUUAAACGCACUGUAUUUCGAAAGACAGGAUGUACAAUAUGUAAUUUAUAUUCUGAACAAUAUCGCCUUCUUUUUUAUCGCUUAGUAAAACUAAAAUGAUUUAUGAAUA